AUGAAAAGUAAUUCAAAUAAAAGAGAAUUUUCAAGUGAUGAUGAUAAUUCGAAUGUAGAAUCUGAUUCAUCAAAGAAAACUAGAAUUUCACCCCCAUCAACACCGCAACCACAAACAACUACAUCUUUAAUACCACCACCAGUAUUCAAAGGAUUCAGUACAGGUAGAGGUGCAGCUGUUGUUAUUUCAGAAGAGAAAUUAAGACUUGCAAAGAAAAAGCUUUCUUCUAUUGGUGAUGAAGAUAUUAAAGAUCUAUUACCAUCUGAAAGUGGUGCUGUGGAUAAUAGUAAUGACUUUUUAACAAUGACAAAUAGUAAUAGUAACAAUAAUAGCAACAGCAAUAAUAAUGACACAAUCAAUACAACAGCCACCAUCACACCUACGACAACAUCAUCAUCACCAUUACUACAAACAACAACUACAUCAUCAUCAUUAUCAUCAUCAUCACCGCCACCACCACUACCACAAACAACCACUUCCUCAAUACCACCAACAUUCAAAGGAUUUAGUACAGGUAGGGGUGUGGCUGUUGUAAUCUCUGAAGAGAAGCUAAAGCUUGCACAGAAAAAGCUUUCAUCCAUUGCUGACGAGGAUAUUAAAGAUUUAUUACCAUCUGAAGGUGGUGUUGUUGAUAAUAAUGACUUUUUAGCAAUGAAUAGCAGUAGUAAUAAUAGUAAUGGUAGUAACAAUAACAAUAACAAUAACAAUAACAAUAACAAUAACAAUAACAAUAACAAUAACAAUAACAAUAACAAUAACAAUAACAAUAACAAUACCACCACCACCACAGCAUCAUCAUCAUCAUCAUCAUCAUCAUCAUCAUCAUCAUCAUCAUCAUCAUCAUCAUCAUCAUCAUCAUCAUCAUCAUCAUCAUCAUCAUCAUCAUCAUCAUCAUCAUCAUCAUCAUCAUCAUCAUCAUCAUCAUCAUCACCAUCACUACAAACAACUACAUCAUCAUCGCCACCACAACUACUACAAACAACCACUUCCUCAAUACCAACAACAUUUAAAGGGUUUAGUACAGGCAGAGGUGUAGCUGUUGUAAUCUCUGAAGAGAAACUAAAACUUGCACAGAAAAAGCUUUCAUCCAUUGCUGACGAGGAUAUUAAAGAUUUAUUACCAUCUGAAGGUGGUGCUGUUGAUAAUAAUGAUUUUUUAACAAUGAACAAUAGUAAUAGUAACAAUAGCAACAGCAGCCAUACCAAUACUACUACAACUACAACCACAACCACUACAAAUACUACAAAUACUACAACCGCUUCAACUUCUAAUGAUAAUUCAACAUCGAGAUCUGAUGAUUCGUCAGCACCCUCGUCACCUCAACCUCAACAAAAUAUAAGGGCACCAUCCCCACCAUCAUCAUUUUCAUCAUCAUCGUCAACAUCAUCUAUUGCACCACCAACAACACCAAAUAGAUCACCAGUACCAACAUCAACAAAUUUAAAUUCAUCAACAGCAACAGUACCACAACUAACAACACCAACAAAGUCUAAAUACCCUCUUCAAUCACCAGUAAAGAAAACAUUUGUAUAUAAUCCAAACACAACACCAACUAAAAAAUCAUUCAUUCCACCAACAAAAUCAUUGUCUCCACCUCAACAGCAACAAACGAGUACUGUACCACCACAAACUAAUAUUGCACCAACUACAACAUCUACUUUUUCAUACCCAACCACACCAAAAACAGCACCAAAAAUAUUAAGUAAACCACAAAUUUCAACACCAAAAAAAAGUUCAUUCAAACCUCCAAUAAAAAGUAAUAACACACCAACAACACCAACAACAACAACGACAUCAACGACAAUAUCACCAGCUAGUCCAAAUGGAAAUUCAAAAGGAAUAUCACCUCCAAAAUCAAAAUUAAAUAUCUCACCUUCAAAAAGUACAACACCAAUUAAUAAUAAUAAUAAUACUAAUAAUAAUAAUAACAAUAAUAUACAAAAGAAACCAAUUGAUAAUAGAAGAAAAUUAAAAGAUUUAGGUAGACCAUUUUUAGUAUCAUGCGAAGGAUUGGUAAAGAAUGAUGUUCUAGAAAUUACAAGUAGAAAUGCAUCAGAAUAUAGAUUUGAGAAUAAUGGUGAAGUUAAGGAUAUUGGUAAAUCCAAAACCAUUGGUGUUGCAGAUCUUUAUAUUUAUCUAACGAAAAUCAAUCAAUCCAAUGCUGCAUUGGUAUCACAAGAAUGGGUUAGUAAUCAUUAUGGUUGGAUCGUUUGGAAACUUGCAUCAAUGGAAAGAUCAUUUCCAUUGGAAUUUGGUGGUAAAUAUCUAAAAUUACAACGUGUUGUAAAUCAAUUGAAACAAAGAAUUGAAAUUGAAAUUAAUCAAGCAAAAAGACCAAUCUUAAAGAAAAUUUAUGAAAGAGAUCAACCUUCUGAAUUACCAAUGGUAUUAUGUAUUUCUUCAAUUUUAGAUGAUGGUUAUGGUGGUGGUAUAAAUAAUAAUAAUAAUCCAAAUAAUCCAAAUAAUAAUAAUAAUAAUAAUAAUUGUACUGUUGAAAAUGAUGAUGGUAUUAUAUCAAUGGAUGAUAUAGAUAUUACAAUGAAUGAUGAUUUAGAAACAGCUUCAACUUCCACAACCAUCUCAUCAACUAAUAACGCUAAUAAUAAUAAUAAUAAUAAUAAUAAUAAUAAUAAUAAUAAUAAUAAUAAUAAUAAUAAUAAUAAUAAUAAUAAUAAUAAUAAUAAUAAUAAUAAUAAAACAAAUUAUAUUCAACAUCCAAUUGCAACAAUUGAAUUAACUGAUGGAUGGUAUCCAAUUAAAGGAGCAUUAGAUCCAUUUUUAACACAAUGUUUAAAACAAGGUAAAUUAUUUGUUGGACAAAAACUAUAUAUUCAAAAUGCAGGAAUAGUUGGACAAGAGAAUGGUAUAUCACCAUUGGAAGAUGGGUUUGAACAAGUUCAUUUGAAAUUAUUUACAAAUAGUACACGUAGAGUUAGUUGGUAUGAAAAUUUGGGUGCUAGGAAAUCAAUGUUUCCAAUCUCCUUAAAAUCAAUUAUACCUGGUGGUGGUACAGUUGCAUGUCUAAAAGUAGAGGUAACUCAUAUCUAUAAAUUAUCAUUCAAGGAAACUAUAAUGGGCGAAGAUGGUUCACUAAAAACUGUAAUUACACGUUGUGAAAAUGAAGAACAACAAUAUAAACAACAAUAUGAAUCUAAAGCAGAGAUUGCACGUGAGAAACUACUUGAAAGUACAUCAAAACAAUUGGAGAAGAAACAAAAAGAAGAUAUACUAAUGAGUUCUUUACAAGAACAACAACAACAGAAAUUAAAAGGUAAACUAUUACCAAAUCAACAAAAUAGAGUUAGAAAGAUACCCCAAUCAGCAUUGGAUCAGAAAAUUAAUCAUAAAACAAUUUCAAAUCUUUCAGAGAUUUCAGAUGGUGAUUCAUUAUAUGCUUAUUUUUUACGUGUUAUCGAUCAAGAAGGUUUCGUUGAUUGUUUAUCUGAUGAACAAAAAAGUUUACUCUUUAGUAAUCGUGAUAAACAAUAUCAAUCACUUCAACAACAAAUACUAGAUCAAGUUGAUGAUGAAAUGAAUUCUAAUCCAAAUUUUAAAACUAGAAAUGUUAAACCAAUUUUAUCAAUUAAAAUAAGAGAUUUAUUAAUUAAAAAUGAUAUUGAUCAAUUAAAUAAUAAUAAUCCUAAUAAUAUUAAUAAUAAUAAUAAUAAUAAUAAUAAUCCUAAUAAUGAUUAUAAUAAUAUAUUAGAUGAUGAUUUUAAUAAUAAUUGUAAUAAUGAAACCAUUUUAUCAAUUGAAUCACCAUCUUAUGAUUUAAUGGAUACAUUAAAAGAAUCAAUGAAAUUAACAUUACAUAUGGUUAAUCCAAAGAAAAUGUUUUAUUCACCUUUUAGACCAACAGGAUUAUCACCUUUACAAAGCUCACACAGAUUUAAUGUUGUGCCUAUUAUCGAUAAUAACAUUGGUGGUGGUGGUAGUGGUAAUUCUCAAAAAAAUUUAAAUACAAAUGGAUUACAUAAAAAAGGUAUUCAAAGAUUAGAUCAAUUUUUAAUUAAUGGUAAUAGUAUUGGAUCAGAAUGUGAUUUGGUUGUAUUCAUUUUAUAUGUAGGAGAUAUUAAAGUUGAAGAAACUUUAAUUAAAGAUAGAAAAAGAAUAGAUUCCUCAAGGUUUAUCUACUUUACUGAUAGAUCUGGUUUCAUUGGUAGAAUUAAUAUUACAAAAACAACAUGGACUACAGGUAUAACAAAUGAAAAUGGUGGUGGUGGUAGUGGUAGUUCUCUCAUAAAUCAAAACAAUCAAAUUUAUUUUCCAUUUAAAACUGGUUUCACAUUAAGCGAUAGUCAAUCAAACAAUGACAAUUUAUCAUCACAUAAUCUAUUAAACCCUUUUAUGGUUAAUAAUAAUAAUAAUAAUUUACCAAUAAUUCACCUAUCAAAUUUAAUAUUCAAGGGUGUGGACAGUAAUCAAAUACUGCUGUUCGAUGGUAGUGAAUUCUUUGAACACUCUGUUAAACCAAAAUCAAAAAAUAUAGUCGAUUUAUUUGAUGAUUUAAAACAAUUUAUUAAAUCAUCACCUGGUCUCCUUAAUUUGUUUUGUUUUAGAGUGAAUUCAAUUUUAAAUCAAUUAUCUACUCCUUCUCAAAUUAAUAAUAUAAAAUAUAAUAGCUAUAGCACCAACUCUAAUUCUAAUAAUAAAAUUAUUGAAAAGAAUAGUUUAGUAAAUAGCACUAGUAAUCAAGUUAAUAAAAAUAAUAAUAAUAAUAAUAAUAAUAAUAUUAAUAAUAAUAAUAAUAAUAAUAUUAUUAAUAGUAAUAAUAAUGAACCUGAUGAAAUGCCUUCAUCUCAGGAUUUUAACUUCGAUUUCGAUCCAGUUUUUUUGGAAAACUCUGGAAUUUUAUUUUUUAUUAUUUUUUAG